CUAUUUUCAACUUUGAGCUUAAUACGAGGAAUUGCGGACACAUUCAGUACGGUUAAAUUGUAGGCAGCGGCAAUUCUGUUUUUAUAAUGACGAUUUCUAUAAGCAUUGCUAUAGCAGUCAGCUUUCGCCACGUGGUCCGUAGACUCCUUUGUAUUUGUUGUAAUAAAAAAAUAAUUUAAAUUUUAUAUUCCCAUUUCUUUGCUAGUAUAAAGUUAAAAUUCAAGGACCUAAUAUAAAAUUAACGUGUUUUUGUUGACAUUAUCGAUAAUCGUUUUUCGAUGAGCUCAUCACGACGGGGUCCUACAAAGAUAAUUCAAGUAUCGAAACAAAACCGCUUAGUUUCGUAAAUAGGAGACAUUUUACUUAAUAGAUAAAACUGCAUAUCUAAUUGGGUAAUCGAUAUCCCACUGUUUAAGUACUUUUGAAGACGUCAUGGCGUUAGCAACCUCCAUUUAAAAUGAGUGCAACAGCGUUGACGAACCAUUUUGGGUCUAAGUUAUUGUCAGUGAUUCCAAACUAUUUGAAUUUCUACUACCAACUUUGAAAAUGUUUAUUAUUUUGUCUGCAAUAUUACUUAUUAGUGUGAAAGCUGCACCUGUUCCCGAUGAAUUAGUUGAUGAUGAAGAAAUUGAAAUAAUAAUUGGUGGGUUAUCUGAGUUAUCGAAUAAAUCGUGUGUCGAAUUCCGAGCCAGAGAAGGCGACGAGUAUGCUGUGAUUAUAGAGAGUAGUGCGAACGGCUGUUUCUCCAGAGUGGGGUUUAGCAAAGGCGAUCAUGAGGAUGGAAUUAAUCAAGUUCUAAAUCUCGGUAAAGGAUGCAUUAGACACGGAGUCGUCAUUCAUGAAAUGUUGCACACCCUCGGAUUUUAUCACAUGCAGAGUACAUACGACAGAGAUGACUUUGUUAAAAUCGUGUGGGAAAAUAUUGCAUCUGGACAUGAACAUAACUUUGAGAUGUACAAGAAUGACACAGUGACAGAUUUCGGAGUUCCCUACGACUACGGUAGCGUAAUGCAUUAUUCAGAGCAUGCGUUCUCUAAAAAUGGAGAAAAAACAAUAAUUCCGUUGCAGGAAAACGUGAAAAUAGGUCAGAGAGAUGCUUUAUCUAUCAGCGAUAUAGAAAAGUUAAACAAAAUGUAUUGUGCUGACGAGAACCUCGCACGCGCGCCUCUAAACUAGUUUUUGUCACCGAUUUAUGGUGGUGGCUUUUUAGUCCUUCGAUUCUGCCGAUACAAAAUUGUCGUCCUAUUAUUAUAGCAAUAUUAAGUUUUUCUUACUAUCUAUCUCCUUGUUUUGUUUCAUUGAAUAAUAUGUAUUUUUUUGCUGUGGUACAAAUAAAACGACAUUGUCAUUUU